AUGUUACUUAACAACGACGCAUUUAUUUGUGCUAUUUUUUUGGAUGGUAGAAUCAAUGCAACACUGGCUGAACAUCAGCAACUUAACGCAAAAAGAAAACUGUUAGAUUUACAUCUUCAUUUGCAAUAUUUGAACACUGACAAAGAAAAUUUGCCUCCUUCUUCUUCUACGUCUGAUUCACAAACAGAAACAGAUAGUGCUCGAACUUUGUUAGAAGAUUUUCUUAGCACAAAGUAUGUGGAGGCUCAAAGUGAUAUUCAGAACCUUAUAAGACUAGGAACUGAUAACAUGCGCCCACAUGGAUUCAAAAACUUGGAUGACGAAAUUGCUAUGUUUCUUAAGGAACCUCUUCUUAAGUCGACAGAAAACAUAUUAAAUCACUGGGGGUCGAAAAAAAAACACUUAUCCUCGUCUCUAUAA